AUGAAACGGGAUGCUCGCCACGGCAGCAGCGAGCCUUCGAGCUCGAAUAAUAGCCCGCGGCCCGAAUUUGCCACGGUUUGGAAGAAACCUGCGACCACAGCAGCUCCAGCGUCUGCAGCUUCUGCUGCGGGUACAGUUGGUGGUGGAAGUAGAGAGGACCAGAUGUCGCAAGCAGCGGCAGAAACAGCUGUUCCAGCUGGACCAGCGACGACUGGUUCAGCAGAUGUUGCGAACCCGUCGCCAUCGGCACCAGCACCAGCUCCAGAGCCGGUCUCUGAGGAGGAGCUGUUGAAGAGUGGGAUUGCAAUGGCCCAUCGCCUGUCGACUGCCGAAAUUUCACAAAGGCAGUUUAACUGGGAUGACGACGAUGAUGAGGACCAGUGGCAGAAAGAACUUGAGUCAAUGGUUGCUCCGAUGAUUCGCAAACAACAUGAACAGCAACAGCAUUCAGAAGAACAGAAGCGUGCCAGAAGUGAGCUUGAACAUCAGCAGGCGUCGCAGUCUCAGCAGCAUAAUCUUACUAAUAACAGGUCUCAGGACCACCAGCAUCAACAGACAUCGUCUCAGUCUUCAUUAUUUAAACCCAAGGCUUUGCUGUCAGGAGCCACCACUCUGGGUGGUGGUUCGCCGUCUUCAGCGAAUGCCGCUCUUAAUAGAGGAUCUAAUGGCGACUCGUCAUCAUCGAACAGCUCUGGUCCAAGUCUGGCUCCCUGGUCAAUGGCUGCUAGUACCCAGCAGUCUAAUGUCGUGCCAAUUGGAGAACAGAUUAAAGAAUUAUCAGAAAGAAAGCUAAAAGAACAACAACGUCAGCAAAGGCAGUCAAAUACUCCACAUUACAGCUAUAGAUUAAGUGAGCACCAGAACUUUCCUGGUCCUGGUGGAGGAGGUGGACCUGGAGGUGGUGGUUAUGGUGGAUACCACAAUAUGGACCCUCGAUAUGGGGGUCCUUCUGAUGAUGGUAGGUAUCGGUAUCACGACUACGAGCGUAGGUAUCGCUCGGAUGCUCCUCCUCGACAGGAGCUGUAUAAUGCGAAUAAUGGCAAUUUUGAACCUGUGCCAAUGAGAGGAGGUCCUGGGGGAGGUCCUGGAGGCGGUCCUGGACCUAUGGGUGGUGAUUUCCAUGGUCCACAUGGUCCACAUGGGCCACACGAUCUUCAUGGUCCUCAUGGUCCUCAUGGGCCACACGAUCCUCAUGGUCCUCAUGGCCCACAUGGACCAGGAGACAUUGGCGGUGGUCCAGGAUAUGGUGGAGGUAGAAUGCAAUAUCAUGGCCAUCCAGAUGAUGAUUUCAUGGGUGGUCCUAGAAGGAGAGGACCUCCCUUUGAAAGAUCUCGUUCUCCAAUACAUAAUAUGCCUCCACCAGGACCAUAUGGAAGGAGGAGACUGUCUAUUGAUCGGUAUUCGGGACCUGAACCAAGGAGAUUGAGUGUAGGCGGUCCAGGAAUGGGUCAAGAACCGGGUCCUCCCUCUGCAGCCAGUCAGGAUGCUCGCAUGGAUGGUACUGGAAGAGGACUUAGUCCUGGCAGACCUGGUCCGGUUGCAGGACCAGGACCAGGACCAGGACCAGGACCAGGACGCUCCCCCGUACCCGGACCAAGAUCAAACAGACAGGGAACUUCACCACUUCCUUCACAAGACCGACGGUCAAGCACAGUGUCAAGCACAUCAGCUUCAAGCCAGCCUCAAGGAAAGUCUAUUUUAGAAGAGCAAGAAGAAAUCAUGAGACAAACAAGAGAAAGGGCACGUAAGAGAAAAGAAGAAGAACUUCAGCGUGAAAAAGAGCGAGAACAGCAUGCUAAAACAAGGGCUGAAGAACUGGCAAAGAAGAUGGAAGAAAAAGAACGCCAGGAAAAAGAACGUCUGGAGAAGGAACGAAAAGAAAGACAAGAAAGACAGGAGCGACACAGGAAAGAACAGGCUGAAAAGAAACAGCACAAGCAACAGCAACAACAUACUUCGCAUGCGCAAGUGGCCAACAAGACUACACCUAAUACUAAUAUAAGCAACGCCGAUGAUGGAAGUCAUGAGUUGCUGACUGAACGACAUGUGUUGAACUCGCUCAAUUCUAUUAUUAAUGAUGACGAUACCAAACAGGACAAUUCUAUUAAAACUUCUUCUAAUAAUCUAUGGGAUAACAGGACAUCUACAGCCAGCGCCUCGUCGCCGUCUUCUGGUACUACUUCAAGCAGUACAGAUAAAGUAUGGGGCAAAUUCGCUCCAUCAUCACCAACAUCUAGUGCCCACGGACAAUCUGGUGCACCAGGCGAUAGUCGCAAUAACCUGUGGGGUCCUGUUCGUAGCACCAGUAGUGGAUCUACAAGCAGAUUUUCAAGCGGCAUUUAUCCUCGUGACGGAAGUACAAAUGGUCUAUUUGAUGAUAAUAGCAGUAUAUUUUUGUCGGGAGCCAAUCAACGGCAGGAUAAGUCGAACACAAGUACUUCGGUAGUAGGUGGUGGUCCAUCAAGACGAAUCAUGCAGAGGGAAAACGACCAACAACCAGUUAAUAAGUGGACUGAUAGUAGACCGUCAUGGCGAUCUGUUUCAGCAGGUUCAUCUAUCGAUACAUCUUCUACUUCAAAAGGUAUUACAGCUUCAUCAGCUCCCGUUGGAUCGAGGAUCAAAGAUGCAAAUAGCUCUGGUCAACAGUCUCAAAGCACCCCACUAUCACCAGUCACUGGGUCAUCGCCAUUUGGUACUCAUGAGACAACUCCAAAUGGUAGCAGUAGAGAGAUGUCAAGGUUUUUCCCGUCGUCUCAACAAGAUAGUCACCCUGACAAUUUCCUACUUGCAUCGCCAAAAGCUAGCUCUAAGGCCAAGUCAUUGCCAUAUUUAACCAGCAUCAGCGGCGGUCCUGCUACUAGCAGUAAUAGAGAGACUAGUGGAAGCAACGGUAGUGGUGAUUUAUUUAAUGGCUACAGUGAAAGAGGAACCCAUGGCAAGAGGUCGUCUCCACCGCGGGUAGUUUUCCCAGCAGCUCAUAGUAAUGGAAGCUCUGACGAAGAUCUGAAUUCGUUUAAACAUCCUCCAUCGCUUAAUUCUAUCGAGGCUGUACAGACUAGCAUUGCUCAAAAGUUGGGUCCCAAGAUGCGAUUCUCCUCAAAUGCUGUUGGGGGACCAUCUAACUCGCUGCCAGUUCCGAAAUCCCCUGUAAUUUCUAGUCUGCCUGUCGAGGAUAAUAUUGAGAUUCCUACAUUAUUAAGAGAAAAGCAUCGCUCCGAAGCUCUUACCAAACAACAGGAAAAUCUCGAUUACACUACUCUUACCAGUGGAUUAUGCACUCAAACAUAUGAUGAACCUAAAGUCGACGAUUCAUCAUCACCAGCAGUCAGAACAUCAAAAAUUAAGCUUGGCACACUCACUAAUACAGGACCAGCUUCAAACUACAAAAACGAUUUAAGCAUAUUUUCGACGGUGAUAAUCCCACGGCGAGAGUUCUCCACAUCAGCAUAUUAUAGAGACUCGUAUGGAUACAUUCACCGAAGAGAGUUCGAGGCCGACGAAAUAGCAACAACCCAGUACACACUAGUUCAGCUACCUGGACAUGAUAAGAUUACUAUAUCUAACUGGCCGCAUGGCGGCGGACGUAGCUACGUGGGGAACCGACAUCCACAUUCGCAUUCUCAUUCUCAUUCCCACCCUCACUCAUCACACUCGUAUUACCAAUCUCGAGGCUGGUCUCGUCCUAGUACAACCCGCCGAGUGGUUAGAUAG